AGUUCCUGCCCCAAGGACUUUGAUGUGGGAGUGUAAGAUAAACAAACCCUCUCUUCACCAAGUUGUUAUUGGUCAGGGUGAUUUAUCACAGCUAACUAAGCUAAGCAGCCAGGCAGAGCAUGGAGUCUUUCAAGGAUCAAACAGAUAUAAGUCUCUCCGCGGGUUGGGUCCUGGAGGCUGGCUCCUGGUGCUUCUUGAUGAAGGUAGAGACUUGGAGUGUUGAGAGCUUUUUGUGAGUCUUAGCCUUGUGAGUCUUGGCAACAACAAUCUUCCCUCUCUCGCGAGCAAUCUGACAAAGACCAAAGUUCUUAAGUCUUGGGGCCCAGCUCCCCGAUGGAGCCAGGAGCUAAGCUCUGAGGUCGUCCCUUCUGCUCUUUCUCCAUUGGCUCAUGCAACAACUGGCUGGGAAGCCCCACAGCAUCCAAAUUUAUAGGGCUGCCUGGGUGCAAACUUGGGCCUUGAUUGGCUGGAUGAAAGUAUGCAAAUAAGAUGAAAAAAAGGGAUCAAUCCCGGCAGAGCUAUCAAAGUGGUAGGGGGAAGGGGAAAUAAGCCCAAGCCAGCCCUCCUCCAGCUAAAAAUGGCCAAUCAGGUCCACCAGUGUGUCUCCGCACAGGUAAGAAAGAGCUUAACAAAGUCGUGGCCUGUUCUUGGUUGCUAUGGUGACCCCGGCAGCCACCUGCUGCUUUUCCCACCCACCUACCAACACUGCUUUGUUCAGCCAGGGAUUUGGUGUUUCAACCUCUUUUGUUUCUUUUUGUUUCCUUUUUCUGAGGCUAUGGCUGCUCUACAGCCUGCCAGAAGAGGGCUCUCUGUGGCUCCUUUGCCCCUGACGUUUGAGCCCCCGGGGUCAGAAAGCUCCCUGGGAAUUGGGGGUGACAACACUUGCCCACUCCCAACGUCAUUCUGUUUUAGAAAAUCAUAACGCACAGUCUCCUUCUACUAAACACAGAAUCCAUUCUCUUCCUUGGUUGUCUGGCCCUUCGGGGAGGGCUGGAUGAACCAGCCCUGGAGCCGUUUCCUCCAGACUGAAACAAUUCCCUCCAGGAGCGAGGAGGGAGGCGCUUAGAGAUCCAGGAAGUAAACCAGACGAAUCCGGCGAAAACUGAAACUACCAGGAUUCUCAGGGUCCCCACCCCCACCUCCGGGUUGUAAAAGCCAUCGACCACUGGGGUGAGAAGUUCGGGACUGCCAUUGGCCAGGGGUCCUGCGGGGAGCAGCCGAGGCGCCGCUUUCCGGAAUCCUCACCCAAGCUUGAGGUUGGUCCUUAAGAAAAACGAACUGAAUUCCCAUUCUACCCAGAAAGUGCCACGCUUCCUGCUUGACCCCCGCCCGGGCGCAAGUGCUGCGCAGCGCUAAGAACGUCAUGCUGUUGCUGAGGAAGACAAAACUGGCUCAAAGUUCCAGACUCUGAUCGUUUUAAUGGCCGAGACAGGAGGUGGCAGCCUAAAACCCCCGGCCUCCGUGGUAUAGAUGAAGUCUCAGGUUACAGCGUGAACCAGCCAGAAAAGCAGCAGCCCGCCCGAGGAGCCCAGGCACAAGGGGGAACGCGCUGCCGGUGGUCGGGGACGACUGUCGGGAACCGUGAAAAAAAAAAAGAUGAGCACACUCGGCUGUGCCCCCAGGGACGACGGUGAGGAGAAGGACGAGGACGUGAGUGAACACGGCGAGAUCGAUCCGAAGCCUAAAGGCAAGAAAGAGCUGGAGCUGCACGCGAAACGGGAACCGGACGAAAGGGCCGUCCGCAUCCCCAUCCCGGAAGUGCUCCAGCAGCGGCUGGCGGACGACUGUUACUACAUCAACCGCAGGCGGCGGCUGGUGAGGCUGCCGUGCCAGACCAACGUGGGGGCCAUCCUGGAGUGCUACGUGCGCCACUUCUCGGCCAGCGCGCUGGCCUCGGGGGACCGGCGGCCGCAGCCCCAGCGCGCAGCGCCCGAGAGGAACGUGGGCCUCUGCAGGGAGAUGGCGGACGGGCUGCGCAUCACCUUCGACCACGCGCUCCCCUUGGUGCUGCUCUACCCCCAGGAGCAGGCACAGUAUGAGAUGGUGACUUCCUCCACCUUUUUCUUUCCCACGGAGGAGAAAGCCACCACCGAUCCAGCCAGGAGCCAGGAGGGGCCCUGGCCUGGCCCGUCCACACCGCAGCCCUCCUCGGAGAGCCAGCCCGUGGCGGGGCCGGCCGCCCCCAAGAGGCGCAAAGCGGAGGCGGAGGCGCCGCGGGCUCCCAGGAGGUCCAUGCGACACACCACCCACUGGCAGUCCGAGGACCGGGCCUCCCCUCAGGCCAAGCGCAGUGUGCCCAAGCUGUUCCCGCACUUGCAAAAGACACCUGUGCACGGCGCAUCACCUUCCCCCCUUGCUCUGGCUCUAGGGACGGAAGGGAGUGCAAUGUUUGCUGGCUUGGAAGGGACAAGUGAGGAAAUAAAUGAGGUCCUCUCCUGGAAGCUUGUGCCUGACAAUUACCCACCAGGACACCAGCCACCUCCUCCCUCAUACAUUUAUGGCGCCCAGCAUUUACUGCGAUUGUUUGUGAAACUUCCAGAGAUUCUUGGGAAGAUGUCCUUCACUGAGAAGAAUCUGAAAGCGUUACUGAAGCACUUGGAUCUCUUUCUGAGGUUUUUAGCAGAGUACCAGGCUGAGUUCUUCCUGGAGUCGGCGUAUGUCUCCGCCUGUGAGGCGCACUACAGCAGCAAGAACCCCAGGACAAUCUGUUAAAGUUUUGAGGGCUCUGUAAACACAGCCUCUCCACCUGGCUCGGUGUUUUCUGUUCUAGGUGGGCCCACCCUGGGGAGGAGGGGCUCGGAGAGGGGGCAGGCUUGGGUAUUUGAGGUGUUCGAAUACUGUAGUUUUUUUUGUUGUUGUUAAGAAUGACUUCCUGAGCUAUGUGUGGUUGUCAUGCCCGUAGGGAGGUAAAGUGGCUUUGUUAAUUAAAAACAAACAAACAAACAUACAUGCUAUUGCACAGGCUGUGUGUGACAGCAAGAAGCAGCCACUGCUGUGUUCGGAGGGAACAUUCAUGAAAAUAAACAUGGGUUAGGCUGUCUGUCAGACAUCACAGUAGGUUGUUGGCAAGAACCACACUGUGUAGAUAUUUCUUAGCAUUCAAAUGUUUUUGAAGACUUUUCUAAUGUGAUGAGACUAGAGAACUGUUCAGCACAUGUGAGCUCAGCACAUGGACAUAGGGUCAUCUCAAUAUUUUAGGGGAAAAUCUUCUGACAGUAAAAGAGAAUUUGCAACUAUAGAGUUUGUAACUGUUCCCUUUCUGUGAAACGUUAUUCUUGGUGAUCUAAAUAAAGCAUUAUUUGUCUUGUUUGAAAAAAAAUGCUAAUUCUUCACAAAACCUCAUUAUUCUCAUACAAAAUUUACUAUUGGUGGAUCGAUGUAAAAUAAAAAGAGAAAAACAAUCAUUCAUGAGCUGUUGCACAAAGUAGAUUCCUUAGUUUUGAAGAAAACUGACAAUAAUUGAUAUUAGAUAUUACAAUCUCAAUGAGAACAAAGGAAACAAUAAGCUUUGUAGAACUAAUCAACAUUUUAAAUUAUAUUGU